GGCUGAGAUAAAUAGGAAUGUGAACCAGUGAGACAGGAGACUUUGGCCAGUACCUGCUCUCUUUAUAAACUGUAGCUCCCAGCAGGAUACUUCUUUGAAGCCUUCAUUGUCUGGAGGGGAAGGAAUAGGACAUGGCUCCGUGGCCUGAACUAGAGAACACUGACACUAAUAAUUAUAUUGAAGAGCCUUGUUCUAAACAAAACCAGGUCAUGUCUGAGAAAGAUGUAAAGGAUACAGAAGGUGAGGAAAUUUCUUUAAGGAAUCAGCUGGAAUUUUUGCCCACAUACUCCACCAUUGCCUUGACAGGAGAAAUGGAGGAAGAAGAUGAUCCAUGGAGUAUGCCAGUGCUCCAGGAUACUGGAGUUAAAUGGUCAGAACUGGAUGGGAAAGGCAAAAUACUCUGUGUCUUUAAAAACAUUGGAAAGUUUAUACUUUUACUUGGCUUGCUGUACUUUUUUGUUUGCUCCUUGGAUGUUCUCAGCUCGGCGUUCCAGUUAGUAGGAGGUAAAGCAGCAGGGGAUAUUUUCAAAGACGGCUCUGUGUUGUCAAAUCCUGUUGCCGGCCUAGUGAUUGGUGUUCUGGUGACAGUCAUGGUGCAGAGCUCUAGCACCUCUUCAUCUAUCAUAGUCAGUAUGGUGUCCUCUUCAUUAUUGAGCGUUCGGCAUGGUAUUCCAAUCAUAAUGGGAGCCAAUAUUGGUACAUCGGUCACAAACACCAUUGUGGCACUCAUGCAAGCUGGAGACAGGAAUGAGUUUAGAAGGGCCUUUGCUGGAGCAACAGUCCAUGAUUUUUUCAACUGGCUUUCAGUGUUUGUGUUGUUGCCCAUUGAAGUUGCCUCAGGCUAUCUUUAUCACCUUACAGACGUCAUUGUAAAGUCAUUUCAUCUUGAAAGUGGAGAAAAUGCUCCUGACCUACUCAAAGUCAUCACUGAUCCUUUUACCAAACUUAUCAUCCAGCUUGAUAAAUCCGUGAUAAGUGGAAUUGCUACAGGAGAUGAAGCAGCCAAAAACAAGAGUCUUGUGAAAAAUUGGUGCAAAACUGAAAAUAGCCUGACUGCAGUGAAUACUACUGUCUCAUCGUCUGCAAAUUGUACAUCUCCAGACCUUUGCUGGGCAAAUGGAAACUUGACAUGGACAACUAGAAAUGUAUCUGGUACAGAGUAUAUUAAAAAAUGUCAGCACAUUUUUGCAGGAUCAGAUCUCCCAGAUCUUGCUAUUGGUCUCAUCUUGCUUGCUUUUUCCUUGCUUGUUCUGUGCACUUGCUUGAUACUAAUAGUCAAGUUGCUGAAUUCUGUACUUAAAGGACAAGUUGCAAGUGUUAUCAAGAAAACACUCAACACUGAUUUUCCCUUUCCGUUUUCUUGGUUGACAGGAUACAUGGCUAUGCUAGUGGGUGCUGGCAUGACCUUCAUUGUUCAAAGUAGUUCUGUGUUUACCUCUGCAAUUACUCCACUUGUUGGUAUUGGUGUUAUAAGUAUUGAACGGGCAUACCCCUUAACCCUUGGGUCCAACAUUGGUACAACCACGACGGCUAUUCUUGCAGCCCUGGCCAGUCCAGGAAGUAGACUAAAGUAUUCUUUGCAGAUCGCUCUCUGCCACUUCUUUUUCAAUAUUUCUGGGAUUCUGCUGUGGUAUCCAAUCCCAUUCAUGCGCAUCCCAAUUCGGUUGUCCAAGGGUUUAGGGAACGUGACGGCCAAGUACAGGUGGUUUGCCAUUUUUUACCUUCUCUUCUGCUUCUUCUUGAUCCCACUGGCUGUCUUUGGCCUGUCGGUGGCUGGCUGGCAGUACCUUGUGGGCGUUGCCAUUCCCAUUUUGACCGUCUUGGUUGCUGUGGUCAUCAUCAAUGUUCUGCAAAGGAAGAAGCCGCAGUUGCUGCCUCAUAGACUCCAAAACUGGGGGUUCCUCCCCAAAUGGAUGCGUUCUCUGGAGCCUUGGGACAACGUGGUGACUUCUGUCAGCUCCACCUGUGGGAGAUGCUGCUGUUGCUGUUGCAAAUGCUGCAGAAGGGACAAAGGGGAAGACGUGGCAAAAGAAAAGCCAACAAAAUCUCUGGAAUCUUAUGUGAACCCAAUUUCACUGGCCGACGAAGAAAACAAUCUUCCAAAUUCACCAUCGAUAACUAAACCUAAGCAAACAGACUCGACAACCACAGCCUUUUAGCAGAAGAAGGUCAGGUUUUGAGGACAAGAGGCUAAGGGGGGGAAAUGUAAAGAAAGGGGAAAGAAGCUGAGAGGGGAAAUCUUGAUCAGCUUCUUCGGCACAGUGAAGAGAACAGAUUGAUGGUGGUUCACUGUUUUGGCAAACAGGCCAUAAGUCAAAUCGAAACUAUUAGCUGUUCGUGAAGAACCAUAAGCUGUCUCCGGUGCCUUUGUCGGGCCUUGACUCUACACUGCUGAGCCAGAGUAGGCAGUAGAGCAGUGCUGAGGACUUUGCCAUAUGAGUUUUUCUACUGCAGUUCAGUACUGCUAUGAAUCCUUUAUUUCCUUUGCUGCUUUUGGUCUGCCAUUCAACUGUUACUCAGAGUUUGUCAUCAGAGGACCCAAAGGCCAGGUACAUAGACAAUGAAUGUGAAAUCUGCAUAUAAGGGAUCUAUUAAAUGAUUAGUAGGGUCAGAUUUAGAACAAUACUUUGAAAUAAAGUAUAAUACCAAACAGAAGGACAGUAACAUAG